AUAAUGUAGGUAGUCUGAAAUAUAUAAGGUGAUAAAAAAAUCUAUUAUUUUAGUGUUAUUUUAAUAUUUAUAAUAUCAAAAUCAACAUGUUCAUAAUGAUAAAAGGGAGGGAUAGAGACACAUUAAUUUAAUCUGAUUUAUCAGGGCCAUAUUAAUAUGGAUUAUUAUAUUUAAAUCUAAAAAAGGGUUCAUUCAGUCUUUUUUUUUUUCAGAUGACACCAUGCAAAUAAUGCAAUAGCAGUAAUUCCUAGACUAAUAAAUUACAAUAAUAAUUACUGUAAAAUAUAAUGGAUUUGUAUAAAGAUAUAGUUUUUGAAGUAUUAUUAGUUUCAAUAAUUGGGUUAUUGGUUAUGGUAACAUCAUCUCUUGAACCUAUUUCGAAGGGUUUUUUUUGCGAUGACGAGACAAUUAAAUAUCCAUUUAAGACAUCAACUGUUGGAAAAACAUUCUUAUGUCUGUUUUAUCUACUUCUACCAAAUGUUUCGAUAAGUUUGAAAUAUUACUGGACCAUGCAUAAAAACAUAGAAAGCCUAUAUGUAAAUAUAAUUUAUUUUUGGUUGGGUGCUGGAUUAGCCCAAAUUACAGUAAAUCUGGGAAAAUAUUACACUGGGCGUUUAAGACCUCACUUUUUUCAUGUGUGUAAACCAAGUAUUGAUUGUACAUCACAAGAUCAAUUCAUUUCAGAAUACACAUGCACAAAUCCAGAAGUAUCUUUAUCAAAUGAUUCAAGGGCAUCUUUUCCAUCAGGCCAUGCAUGUUUAGCGUUCUAUUCAACAGUAUACACAAUUUUGUACCUACACAAUUAUAAGAAGAGUGUAGCAUGGGUUAUUAUUCAAUUUGCAUUAUUUAUAUCUGCAUGGUAUACAGCUUUAACUAGAGUCACUGAUAACAUGCAUCAUUGUACUGAUGUAUUAGCUGGUUCAAUUAUUGGUACAUCCUUUGCUAUUUUAAUGAUGUAUGAAGUGAAGACACGGAUAUCUCUAGAAAACGUUAAUGCAGACUGACAUGAAAAUAGUUCAUUAUAAUUUUUUUUUUAUCAUAUGUUUACAGCACCAAUGUUAAAUAUUAUUAAUAUGUAAUCUGUCAUUGUCGAG